GUAUCGAUUACACGUUCGAGAUUUCUGGCCUGGGGUGAACAGACGAUGGCGUGAAUUACGGGUUUGUAGGUUAUGUCGACGGACGGCGAUGUUGUUGAGGUUUAUCACGGCCGAAUGAAACGCGAUGGUUAAAUUGUUCCACGGUUGUUCAACAGUGUCGGACGAUUCCGUCGAUUUGAAUUCAGUUUGAAAUCGUGUCACGCGGCGUGAUGUGAACGUUGUCACCGAUCCAUUAACCGGUCGGUCAGAUUACGAAAGAUUGCGUUAUUCUGUUCGAUAGUUUAUGGUCGGUUGUAUUAUUCGUAUACCUCGCAAAAAUGGACGACCAAGCGUGUCCAAGAUGCAAAACUACCAAAUAUCGAAAUCCAUCGUUGAAAAUGAUGGUAAACGUUUGCGGACACACGUUGUGUGAAAGCUGCGUUGAUUUGCUCUUUCUUAAAGGAUCGGGAUCUUGUCCGGAGUGUAAGAUCCCUCUUAGGAGAGCCAACUUCCGUGUGCAGUUGUUCGAGGAUGCGAUGGUGGAAAAAGAAGUAAACAUACGGAAGAGGGUACUGAGAGAUUUCAAUAAAAAGGAAGAGGACUUUGGGUCGUUACGGGAAUACAAUGAUUACUUAGAGGAAGUUGAAACCAUAAUAUAUAAUUUAGCAAAUAACAUUGAUGUCUUGGAAACUCAUAAAAAGAUAGAACAAUAUAAGAAAGAUAAUAAAGAUCAGAUUACUAAAAGCAAAUCUAAACUCGGCAGAAGCGAGUAUGAACUGGAGGAGAUGAUAGAGCUAGAGAAGCAGAAAGAAGAAGAAAGGCGAAUGGAAUUAGUCAAACAAGAAAUGGAAGCUAAGAGGAAAAAGAUUCGUGAGAAGGAGGCAUUGAUAGAUGAACUUACAUUCUCAGAAGGAAAUGCAAAGAACAUUGUAGAAACAUUUGCCUCUGCUAUUCAAGCAUCCAAGAAAGAAACGAAAGCUGCACCUCCUAAGGCUACUCAAUUUAGUACAGGAAUAAAAUUCAGCAAUCAAGGAAGCCAGAAUUAUAUGCCUGUGCCAAAACUCGAUGAAGGGCCUUUAUACUCUUAUACUCCUAUUCGGCAAGCUACUGAGGGCCCAACACCACCUGGUUGGAGGGAACUACAAGCACGUGGUUAUGUCACUCACGUUAGGGUAGAGUCUUCAGCGGAAAGAGCAGGAGGAUUUAAGGCACAUGUUGCGUGUUUGAGGGCCUUGCAAGAAGCUAUGGCUGGCCUCUAUCAUAAUCCCUCGCAACGCCAAACAGAAUAUACAAGUGUAUGACCACAUAAAUUGUUUUAAUACUACUGAAACUGCAUCUCUAAUUUUGUACAUAUGCUGGCAGACAUAAAUUAGUUCCUGUAAUUGUCGUAUACAAUGCAGAAUCUCUGACCAACCAUUACACCUACCGAACAUGCCCAAUUAGUUAAAUCCAUGUGAUAUAAUCACAAGUAACAGGUACAUGUGCCUUGUAUAUUUAUCUAAUUUUAGUAUUAAAUAUUUUAUAUUACGGUUAUAUUACCAUGCAAAUUGAGCGACUGCAGUACCUGGCAACUCAAUGGACAUGCAGAAGAAAUAUCAUUUCUUUCAUUUCCACAGAAAAUAAAAUUCAUUUUGUUAACUACAGUGAUAUGUUA